AUGACAAGUCCCCUGCGCCAACAUAAAGGCGUAGGCGGGGAUAGUCGCGCGCAAAUCAAGAGAAUCCCGGACCGCGAAGGCGAGUUUUCUCUUUCCCCCACUACCCGGCCUCCCACCAGCGGGUCUCACCGGGGAAGGGGGGAGGGGGGCUGCUCGCCCCGCGGCCCGACGGGCUGCGCACGGCAACUCCCCGCCCGCGCGUCUUUGGGCUCUGAAAUAGAGCCCCAAAAAUCUACUGAGGAGGGUGCGAGCUCCCGCCGCCCCUCACCUCACCCCGCCAUCACCUGCGAAUCUGCUACCAGCCGCCCGGACUCGCCACACGAGGACUAUAAAACACCGGAGGCUGAAACAUCUGAAGACCACGCCGUCGCCUUUUGGGCGGCGAGUAAAAUGGGACAAAGGCGGCGCCCUCGAGAUGACGAGCUGUCGCCUAAGGCAGGUGUGGAGCGAGAUUAUAUCACGCUCCACAGCAUUAUACAAUGCGGCCUCCUUAGCGCGGCGGCUCAGAGUUGGAUGGCGCUAUAUUUCAGACUGCGAGACGCCGAACAAUCGGGAAGCCACCCCGACGUCGAGGAUGUCGGGAUACUGAAGCAAGCCUGCGCGGGACGGGUGUCGGAAGAGGUCGCACUCGUGGACCCCAAGCCCCCCGCACCCCUCGCACCCCUCGCACCCCUCGGACAAGACAACCGAAGAGCGGCGGGCUCCGGCACUCGUGCCGUCGAGCCCCCCACCGCGCCCCCGCGUUCGUCUGCGGGCGACACCACUCCGCCUGUCGCCCCCCCCCGCUCGGGUAUCCCGUUACCCCAGCGGAGCCGUGACCCGCGUCUGAGGGCGAACCGCUCCCCCGCCCCCGCGCCGUCGCUGGCAGCUCCCGCGUGUGCUCCGCCGCGACUGGCUGCCUCCGCGUCGCCCGCCGCGCCGCCAACCGCGCCGCUUAACGCGCCGCUCGCCGCGCCGCCGGCCGCACCGCUCAACGCGCCGCUCACCGCCCCGUCGGCCGGGCCGCGCACCUUGCCGCCGACUGCGCCGCUCACCGCGCCGCCGACUGCGCCGCUCACCGCGCCGCUCGGCGCGCCGCUCAACGCGCCGCUCACCGUGCCGCCGGCCGCUACUCGCGCCGCACCGCCGUCCGCCGCGCGCGCCGCGCCGCCGACCGCACCGCUCACCGCGCCGCCGGCCGCCCUGUGCGCCGCGCCGCCUGCGGCUCCCUCCGCGUGGGGACAGCCGCGGCUGGUCGCCUCCUCACCGGCAACCGCGCCGCCUGCGGCUCCCCCCCGCGCGGAGUCUGACAAUUGCACCCUCUGUCUGGGGCCGCUCCUACGCGGCUGCCAGUAUAAGCGCGCCCAGCACCGCCGCCACCACAGCAGCACCCAGCACCACCGCUCCAGCACCCGCUGCCGCCUCUUCGAGGAACAAUGGCGCUAA